GGGCUUCCGUACUCAUCCGUUGGACGAAGUGUACUGUGUGGUCGUACAUACGAUUAAUGAGGAAAACAACGCAAAUUUUAAGAAUUAACUUUCAUUUAGCAUCUCAUAGCUAUGUCUACCGACGCCUUGAAGAAAAGAAAGGCAAAGGUUCUCCGCAGUGAAGGGGGUACUCCAGAGAUGAAGCGUGGUCGUGGCGAAGGGGAUUGCCAGGAUGUGCGAGUGUAUAAUGAGGAGGUGGAGCUAGAUGGCCGGGACCCAGAGCAGGACUAUCAGCAGUACAAACAGACUUGUGAGAGUUUGGCCAAACUCAUGAGUGAGAUCCAGGAACUCAAAGCUGAUGGAGCAAAGGAUGGGUGUGCUGAGGUAGAGCAGAAACGCAUGCAGAGCUGUAUCCACUUCAUGAAUCUGAAGAAACUCAACCGUUUGGCUCAUAUGAGGCUGAAGAGAGGCCGAGACCAGACACAUGAGGCAAAACAGAAGGUGGAUGUGCUGCACCUUCAGUUGCAGAAUCUUCUAUAUGAAGUCAUGCACCUCCAGAAAGAAAUCAGCAAGUGUCUGGAGUUCAAGUCUAAGCAUGAGGAGAUAGACCUGGUGAGUGAGGCUGAGUUUUACCAGGAUGCGCCCCAGGAGAUAUCCCGGCCCCAUCUCACCAAAGAAGACCCUCAUCAGCUCACGCUGGCACGACUAGAUUGGGAGCUGGAACAGAGGAAAAGGUUGGCGGAAAAAUAUAAGGAGUCACUGGCCACUAAGGAGAAGAUCCAGAAGAGUAUUGAGGUCAAGAAAGAACACCUGAGCAGCCUCCAGCCCGGCCUGAACGCCAUCAUGCAGGCCUCUCUCCCAGUGCAAGAGUUCCUGUCCAUGCCGUUUGAGCAGACUCAGAAACAGACUGAGAUUGCCCGCCAUCUGCCCCCUGCUCUCUAUGUCUUGUUUGUUCAAGCCAGUGCCUAUGGGCAGGCUUGUGAUAAGGACCUCAGUGUGUCCAUCAGUGGUGAUGUGGAUGAGGCCAAAGCCCUGUCCAAACCUCCAGAGGACUCUCAGGAUGAUGAGAGUGAUUCCGAUGCAGAAGAGGAACAGGAGAAAACGAAGAGGAGGCGGCCUACUACAGGAGGUCAACUGGAUGAUAAGCGUCGGGAGAUGCUGAAAAGGCACCCUCUGUCCCUCUGCUUAGACCUCAAGUGUAAAGAUGGCAAUAUUCUCCAUCUUUACUUCUACUACCUGAUGAACCUGAACAUCAUGACGGUCAAGACCAAGGUCUCCACCUCUACAGACCUCAGCACAGCCAUCAGCGCAGGAGAGUUGUUGAACUCAGACACUCUGGUCAACUGUCUCUUCACCAACGACCAAGGACGAGAAACGCCCAACCCAGCUAACCGCUACCAGUUUGAUAAAGUCGGGAUUGUUUCUUUUGUUGACUAUGUGGGAGAGCUGGGCCAUCCCUACCUGUGGGUUCAGAGUCUUGGAGGACUGCAUUUUCCCAGUGAUGCUCCGGAGGGUGUGCGCAUUGGCAGUUCUCUGAGUGCCAGCCACAUGGAGACCACCAUCAAGCUGUUGAGGGGACGAGUCCAAUCUCGCCUGGCGCUGCAGAAGCAGUUUGCCUCACUAGAGCACAGCAUUGUCCCAGUCUCCAGUGAGUGUCAGCAUUUCUUUCCUGCUAAGGUCAUCUCCAGAUUAACUCGCUGGACUGCUAUCACCCACCAAGAUUACAUAGACUUGCCAUUUACAAAGCAUGUGACUGAUGCUGGUCUGGCCAAGGAGACUGACCUGUACUUUUUAGGUGUGGUGGAAAGAGGCACAGCUCGUCUUCUGGCUGCAGUAGUGUUGAGCCCUCGUUACCCAGAAAUCUCUCCUUUGUUCUCCCUCUCUCUCAGCUGGAAGGGAGAGCGCAGUGGACACACUGAUGACAACCUUCGGGCUAUGGAGAGUGAAGUUAAUGUGUUCAAAAGUGAACUCCAGGGACCGCGGCCAGGACACCAGCUACUGACCAAUCAGAUUGCACGUCUGUGUGUUUGUCUGGAUGUGUAUUUGGAGACUGAUGGACAAGAUGACAGUGUGGAGGGACCGCGUGAAUUCCCCCGUGAAAAGAUGUGUUUGCGCACUGUCAGAGGUCCAAACCGUUUGAAGCCUUUCAAAUACAACCAUCCACAUGGGUUCUUCAGUCAUCGUUGAACCUGGCCACACACUCGUCCCCACAGUACAUUGCAACCCCAACAACCCAUAGAGUUUGCCUUUGUCACUGUGGGACCAUUCAUCCUCACAUACUGUGUAUCCUGCUUUCUGUUUCUGUUUUUUUUUUUUUUUUCAAUCAACACAUUCUUUAGGCCAAUUUGAUAAUAAAAGGUGUCUUAU